AUGACACGUCACAGAUAUAUUCAUAUCAGUCAGUAUUGUUUACGUUAUUUCUCAUAUUUUACUCGCAUCGCUAGGAACUCGUUUCAUUUAUAUUUAAAAUUAUUAAGCAAAUAUUUAAAUAUCGGUCGAAUUAUUCGAAUCUUAAUAUGACGGUUCGGUCUUUGUGCCCAGCUUUGGCAGAAAUAGCAAGAGUGGAACUGAAUGAAGACACCGAGAAGCUGGAAGAAAGUAUACAAUAUUUAAAGCAAUGGAUUGAAAACCAACCUCAUUUAAGGGCUAGAACCGAUGAUCAAUGGCUAGCUGCGUUUUUACGUGGUACUAAAUUUAGGUUAGAACAAACCAAAAGUAAAAUUGAUCUCUACUUUUCACUAAGAAGUACGGCGCCGUAUCUGCAUAACAUUAAAUAUUACGAACCUAAGGUUAUAGAAAUAUUAAAUAUAGGAUGCACUUUGAUAUUACAAAAAACCAAAAAUCCAGGAGACCCUAGAGUUAUUAUAUAUCGCUUAGGUUUAUGCGAUCCCAAAAAAUUCUCUUUAAUAGAUAUAUUAACAGUCUUUGGUUUUCAAGAACAGAUUUGCUUUAUGGAAGACGACAAUUUCGUCGUUUCGGGGAUUAUAAAUGUCGUGGAUUUAACCGGCUCUACAUUAGCUCAUUACACGCAAGCAUCUAUCAAACAGAUAAGAAAUAUAAUUAGAGCCAACCAGGAAGCGGUGCCAUUGAGAAUCAAAUCGAUGCAUUUCAUCAAUAGUUCACCGUUUUUGGAAACAUUUCUCAACAUUAGCAAAAGAUUUAUGAGUGAAAAAAGCAAGCAAAGAAUAAUGAUACACAAUAAAAAUAUAGAAUCUUUGCAUGAAUACGUGCCGAAGCAAGUCUUACCAGAGGAAUACGGAGGAACGGGUGACAGUAUUCAGAAUUGUAUAGAUCAUUGGAAGAAGAAAAUGUCAGACUACAGUUCAUUCUUUGAAGAUGAUCUGAAAUAUGGGAGUGACGAGUCUAAACGUUCGAAAAAACCUCAACCAGUCGCGAUUGAAAAGAAUUUUAGACGUUUGGAAUUAGAUUAAAAUGAAAUACCAAUAUUUAAUAUAAUAAGGUUGUCUUCUUUUAUCAACGAUACUCACAUUAUUUUUGAAUAGUUAGUUUUUAAGCAGAUUUUUGUUUAAGAAAUUUGUCUGUUGAAUACGUCACGUCUUUUUAUAAAACGUUUCCUUUAAUAUUUUUUAAAGUAUAUCCAUACUGAUUACCUAUAUUAUAAAUAUGAAGUCACUCU